CGGGUGAGAGGUGGCUGGUCGCCGCAGCAACCGAGUCGCCCUGGGCGCUGUUAGUGUCGUGUCCCCUCGCAGCGGUCGAGCUGGCGGCCCCGGAGGAAUCGCAGAGUAACGAAAACCUCUCCAGCGCCUCUCCGGCGGAUGGCGACUGUACAAGAGCGUCUCCUGGAAUCUAUGAGAGAAAUGGACUAGGUGUUCAUACCACUCCUAAUGGUAUUGUCUACACAGGAACCUGGAAAGAUGACAAGAUGAAUGGUUUUGGAAGACUUGAGCAUUUUUCAGGAGCAAUAUAUGAAGGACAAUUUAAGGAUAAUAUGUUUCAUGGACUGGGGACUUACACAUUCCCAACUGGGGCAAAGUAUACUGGAAAUUUCAAUGAAAAUAGAAUUGAAGGUGAAGGGGAAUAUACUGAUAUCCAAGGAUUAGAAUGGAGUGGUACUUUUCAUUUCACAGCUGCUCCAGGACUGAGACUAAAACUCCACAUGUAGAUGUUCUGUAUUAAAGUUUAAAUGUGGUAACUGAAGAUUUUACCUGUAAAGAAAGCAGCUAAAUCUGUCAUCUGAAAUGACUUCAUACCCUACUUCUCUGUCAGUAAAACCAUCACUUAACUUA